AUGCAUAAAGUUGAAGAUGAUCAGUAUGUGCCAUUCCCUAAAGCAAAUGACUUUCAACAAUUCCAUAUAGCUACAUACUCGUUGACAACUGAAGGAACUUCCAAAAAACGUCGUUUUCUGAAGAAUGAGCUUGAGCUUGAGCUUGAGCGAUGGACAUGGAAAACUACACAGUUGCAUAGAAAGGCCAUAUCUCAUUUGUUGUUGAGCUUGAGCGACGGACAUGGAAAACUACACAGUCCAGGGGUAAUAUCCCGAGCAGCUUUACUAUACGAUGUUCAUAGAAGUAUCAUUUAUCGUAUAUGGAAACAAGUAAUGGAGACUGGUAAUGCUUAUCAUAAGAAAAAACGAUGUGGAAGGAAAUGUGUUCAGUUAGAUUUGGAGUUAAUGCGUCAAGUUCCAUUGUCAAAACGAUCUACCUUUCGAUCUCUAUCUCUUGCUCUGAAAAUUCCUAAGACAUCAUUGAUAAGGCUGCAAAAGUCCGGAGUUAUACGACGCCAUUCAAGUACACUUAAGCCAUAUUUAAAAGAGGAAAAUAUGAUUGCUCGUUUAAGGUUUUGUUUGUCAAUGCUCGACCGUAACAGCUCGCCUCAUGAUCCGAAGUUUACUUCCAUGCACAAUACUGUGUUUAUCGAUGAGAAAUGGUUCUAUAUUACAAAAAAUAAAACCAAUUACUAUUUGAAUUCGGAAGAGGAGGAGCCACACCGAACAUGUCAAAGCAAAAAUUUUAUUGGUAAGCUUAUGUUUGUAGCUGCAGUGGCCAGACCCAGGUUUGACAACGAAGGAAAGGAGACAUUCUCAGGGAAGAUUGGUAUAUUUCCAUUUGUGUAUGAACAGCCAGCUAGAAGAAGCAGUGUCAACAGAGCUGCAGGGACUAUAGAAAGGAAACCUAUAACUUCUGUGACAAGAGAGGUGAAUAAAACUUUCAUGAUGAGCAAAAUCUUACCAGCCCUUAAGAAUUGCUGGCCAAUAGAAGAUGUAGGGAAGACAAUUUUCAUUCAACAAGAGAAUGCAAAGUCUCAUAUUUCUAAAGAUGAUCCUGAUUUUUGUCGAGCAGCAAGUGAAGAUGGGUUUGACCUCCGAAUUCACCCGAUUUGA